UAAAGAAUUCAUUAGUAUAAUAUUUUUAGGCGAAUUUCGACAAACGAGAAUCGUGUAACAAUUUAUAACAGAAGAUUUUGAUUUACUGUACUCAUUUUUGUCAUAAAUGCUAGAAAAUAAGUGAUCAUAAUAUAUCUACGUGUAACUUUCUUUUUAUUUCAUAAAUAAUUAAUUUUAUUAGUGAUGUAAUGUGCCAAAUACUUUGUCUCACAUUCUCUUCGAUUUAUCUUUAAAAUGUAGACAUUGAAACUGUUUUAUAAUCUUUAGUACGAUAAAGAUCUCUUAAUAUCUAAGUCUCACUAAAUCGUAAUAAUAUAAAGAUAAAUAGCCACUAUGUACAUCGGUAAUUCAAUAAUUUGUAUUCGGUUAGGCUGUUGCUUAAAACGUGAAAAUGCUGAUUUAUCGCAAAUGCUGAAAUGGAUCACUAUAGUUAUUGUUAGAUUAGAUAAAAUUUUUUGUUUUAUGUAUCUAUGAUCAUCAAUCAAGUACUCAUUAAUGAUAUGGCCUCGAAAAAAUUACAAUACGUGUGAUAUUGUUGCAAUUUACUAGUGAUAGUAACAACAAAAUAUUCUUUUUAACAAUAGUGCUGAUUCAAACUAUGAGGCAUUGAAGCGAUCGAUAUCUAUUCGUAAGAGAAAUAUCUCAUAUGUCGAAAUACAUGUGAUCAGUGAUCAACUAUACUACAUAUGUAUGUAUGUAUAAGAUCUUUCAUAAUAACCUUGACGUCUUAUCGUCCUCGUAAUAAAAAAUCUCUUAAAUCUGAAAUGUUACAUAUAAGAAUGUAUUUUUUUAGCUGAUGUUAUUUCAAUUCUUUUAUUCUUUAAAUAAAAUUUAUAUAAUUGAGAUUAAGUAAAACGUUUUAUUUUUUAUCUCCUAUCCUAAUUUCAUUCUUAUCAAGUGAGAAACAACCUUCAGAGAAAGAUAUACAACGGUCAGUAUACCGGCAAUCAAGAGUCAAUCGUAUUUCUGAAUAUUACUCCGUGAUUAAACAGUAGAAUUUUUGGUGCGAUAGAAGGGGAAGGGAUGUUCGCACGAAAAUUGUUCACGCCUGGUAUUUGUCGAUAGAUGAUAGCGAGCACCGAUUAAAGCAUUCUGCUGCCUAUACAGUUUGAUAACGAUAGGUCGGUAUUUAUCAGGUGCGGAACUCCGCGAUUGGAUUAUUGUUCCGACAGUCUGUGGAUACGUGUAGCGUCGCGUUUACAUGCCUCAUGAACGCGGACGUUGAUUCAUUGUUAAAGUGUAAUAAUCAACGAAUCAAAUUUCGUUGCCGUUCAGUGAAAGGCGGAAAAAGGGUAUUUGUUGCUUCCGCGCGGUACUUUGGGAAGAAGUUCCUGCGGAGCGCAAAGCGAAAUGGGGAAUUCAAAAUCGAAGUCCAAAUCGGGCUCCCGAGGUAAAAAUCGUGAUAAGGGAAUUCGUGACAGCGGAAUUUCACGCUAUGAUGAACAAUACAACGAUCCGCAAUUAUUAUAUAUGAAAAGGACUAUUGAGAAAAAUCCUGAAAUGUUCAUACUGAAUAAUCUUCUGAUGAGCGUUCAGUUUUUCGGAAAUUACGAAGAAGAGAUUAAACGAGUGAAGGAGUCGAUGGUUUCAUCGAGCGAAGCGGAUUUUAACAAAAAUUUACCGCCACAGAAACACGUGUUGAUUCCGGAUGUUCUUCAAGAACAGAUCGGCCGUCAUGUCGGCUUCACCUCGUCGCGGCAAACAUUUCGACCGACCAUCGAACCCUUGCAACCGAUUCGGAUUUAUGUGGUUCACGAUAAUAUCGACAUUAUUGAACAAACUUAUUCGCAUUACAGCACCGUCAACAAUUCGACCAUGUACAAAAUAUUAUUGAUACCUACGAAGCAUCAAGGGUAUGUGCAGCUUCAAACUGAAGAGGUCGCGAAGUCGAAAAAACCGACGAGCGAAUUGUCAUCUAUAGCGGAAAAUGACGAACAGUACAGUGACAGUGAUAGCGUUUACGGUCCGAAACCUCGACCGAUUUUAUCCGAACAGUUGAAGCACGCAAAAUCCGUGCCUAAUUUGCGCGAAAACGGAGCUCCGUCCAUUAAUCAUUCUCUCUCCAGUUCUAAUCGUAAAGCAGAGACCGAUUGCGAGAACGGUUCCUCCUCCGAGGAACCAAAACGCCUGAACAAAAGAUCUAAAUCGAAAGAAGAAUUGCUUAGACAGCAGAAAUUAGUAACGCAAUCGAAGACUCAUGGGAUCAAUCAAGAUCAAACAAGCAGCAACAGUUCUGGAUAUUUGUCUGGCGAUUACGCGAUGGACAGCGACAGUGACAAUAAUUUCGUUCGACCUCAAAGCUCGUCGAAAUUCUCUCGGAGUUCUAGCUACAUCGAGAUAAACGAGAAUUGGAUAAGCAAAGGGGAAUUUCCGGAACGUUGUUUUAAAACAGUGACAUACACGGCUGACGGUAGGAUCUACAAUCCUGAAGAAGACAAGAAGGCGCAGUCGUUGAAUAACAAGCAACGAAGACUUCACAAGGCUUUAAAGCGACAGAAUUACAAUAUAUCUUUCGUGAGCAGCACGGAGUUCAUGAAACAUUUUACGAUUUUGUUUAAACAUAAGUUGGGGAACUGCCUGCGGUUCGAUGAAGAAACCGUGAAAGAAACCAGAAGAGAAGGAUGCGUACUGUACAGCGACAAUAUUAUACUCCUCGACUCGAGCAAGCACAGCAGACUCGACCAGUACGAAAUAAUCCCCGCAAUUUGGCUGCAAUGGCCCAUGUGCGCGCAGGAAUGGUUAGACAGGCCGCGAAGCAACUGGCCUGACAGCAUCGAUGUCGAAAAGAUCAGAGACUUUGGCUGCUACGUCGUACCGGAAGGUUACGUACCGCGGAAAGGAAACAGUAAUCUCCAGGAAGAUCUCGAAUGGCAGCUUACUUUCCCAGCUGCCGAGAGGUACCUCGAAACCUGCAUGACACAGGCCCAAGUACAGGUCUAUCUGAUUGCUCAGAUGCUCCACAAAACUUAUAUGAGACCCAUUUUCGACAUGAUGUUCAGUAUAACACCUUCUCAUAUUAGGCACACGUUAUUUUGGAUGAUCGAAGAGGACAACAAGUUGUCGAAAUGGACUGAUAGCGCGAUGGGAGAAAGCCUAAUGAAGCUACUAAACUCGUUGUACUUCAGUAUCAGCCAAAACGAGCCUGUACUCAGAGAUUAUUUCAUCAGGAACAGGAAUCUCUUCCAGAGGAUACCGUGCGAACAUCUCCUGUACACCCAGAAACAAUUGAAGCGCAUCAUCGAGAACCCAGUGAUGUACGUUUUCCACGCGAUGGAAAACAUUCGCUACAACGACGAUUUUUUCCCGAGAUUAAACUAUGCGCGGUUACUUAAUAUAUUGACUGCGGACUUAUUGACGUUAGUGAAUCCGAACGUUUCGAGAGCGUUAAUGAAAGACCAACAGGAAGACUACGAGAGCAAGUAUGGCUCAGCAGGACUAUGGGAUAGAGCCAGGAAUCAGAAAACCAUACAUUUCGGCCAGUUCGUUACCAAUAAGACAUUAAUUAAUCCUCGUAAGGCUACAGACUCCAUCAUGGAAAUCUCGGUACGGUGCGCCGAGUUGGAGGGUACAAGGUUGUGCACGCUCCUAGAUUUCUUUAUACAACACUUUAUCAAAAUAGCCGACCGCUGUUGUAAAUAUCGCGCGGAUCGCCAGAAAACGAAUUAUCUCAAUCAUGCUGAGAGAUUAGCUCUUCUACUGUACGAAUAUCCGAGCUACAAGGAUGACGUGCACGCCUUUCGUGACAAGAUUAGAGUCCUUAGAAGGCGGACGACCAGUAUGAAAUCUUUCGACGAGGCACCGGAAACUCCUAAGAGGAAUGUGGAAUCGGCUAUUUUCGUUGCCCCCUUGAAAGGGCGUUUCGCGCAUGAUUCAUCAACCAAAGAUGAUUCCUAUGCAGAAACAGGCGCGGGCACCAAACAGCCGCUAAAAGAGUCCGACUCUAAAGACAAAGCUUCAUUUUUCACGAAAGUGAUAGUUCACGAGACUCCGUACGAAGAUCCGGACAAAGAAAUUCUGAAAUUCACGGAUAAUAAAGCGAGGCCGGUAAUAAACUCGGAUGUCGCAAGAGUUACGGAUAGUAAGGCGAGGCCGGUAAUAAACUUGAAUGCCGCAAGACCGAUUCCGGAAUUUACCAAUGACGUGGGUCAACCUGUCUUAAAACUUGCCGAUGCUGAAUCUAUGAGCAAUGAAUCCACGUACAUUUAGAACUUGACAAUUCAUUAAUAAAUUUCGUUAAAUCGUUUUACACAUUUUGCAUAUAAUAAAUUGCUCAUACUUCAUGAAGUGACUCAUAACUUACUAUUAUUUAACGUUAUUUAUAUUCAACAAAUUUUGGACGCGUUUCUAAUGACUAGAAUGAAGACUACAUAGCAGUCGAACAACAUGGAACGUAGGCUAUUUUUAAAUAAUUAAUAUUAAUUCACGUAAGAAGACUUAAAAAUUAAGAAGUAAUUUGAAAAUAGACAUUAAAUACACAAAUAUUUUUUAAGAGAAACGUUUCUUUUUACAAAAAAAAUAUUAACUCGUAUUAUGCUCUC